UACCGGUUAGUUGCGUGCAGUUUCGGAGGCGGGAAGCUGCAACCAUCUUUAUCGCUAGUUUCCUGCUCGGCAUUUAUUGUGUGCACGUGAUGCAAAUGUGAAGUCGUUUGCCCACGUUAUCAUCAAGUUAAGAGAAUGGUGCUGCUACGUAUACGGUGUUCACAGUAGCGCGAAAUGGAGGGACAGGGACAACGAUCCUUGUUCGUACCAGAGGCUCCAACGAAAGGUGUUUCAGCCAGGAUGGACGCAACCGCGUGUGAUUGUUCACCCCCUUUUUUUGAGGACUGUGUUCCUGCUAUCGGCGUGGAUGCAAGCGCCGACUGGUUGGAACAGGAUGUCAUCGCAGGAUUCCGAGUAUGGCAACUCAUGUUCCUCAGCCUGGCUGGGAUCAUCGUCGUUGUCGUCGUACUAUGCUGCAUUAUGAAAUGUCGCAUCCCACGGACAAAGCAGGAAAUCGAAGCGGAUUUUCACCGCAAAAAGCUCACACAAGUAUUUAGGAAGCAACUGAACAAAAUACCUGCCGACGACCUCACUUUUAACGCAGCUCUAGAUAAUGUGAAGACUCAGUACGAUCGCGAGGAAGAGAAACGUAAUCGUGGAUCCUGGGAUUCAUUAGCGGAGUGUGAGGACUUGACGCUCCGCCAGAAGCUCCGCAAGUUCAUGCGUUCCCUCAUGCCGAAGCCCUCGCCGCAGCAGCAGUCGGGGGCAGAAGACGCCGCAAGCGGCGAAGCCCUCGACUCCAAUGCAGACGACAGUGGUGGACGAACUGACCACUCAGGAGCGACCAAUCCGGAGAGUGAUGACAGUGUUCACAGCAGGACCGCUAAAGAUGAAUGCAUCACUAUAGAAGAGGACAACAAGACGUGAGAGCGGCUGUAGGAUUCUGGAAGUUUCUAUCAAGACGUUUUUUUUUGGGUGACAGGGCUUCCAAGGAAGUUUACCAGCGUGUACCAGAGCGUUUUUUUUCUACCAGUUGUAGCAGCAUAGCCGAGAGAGCGUUAUCAGGAAUAGCGAAUUUUAAAGCGGGCUUCUCAAAUCUGGGCUUCUUGCAGAGUAACUGUUUGAGGGAAAUACUCAACGAGUUUGUUCACUCAAUGCACACCGGGUGCGCGAAUGCUUGAAUGAAAAAAAAUCGCUGAGUAUUUCUCUCAGUUUCGUGCAAGCGGGCCCAGGACUACUUCAAGUCGUUGGGGUGUAAGCCGUUGACUGCCAAAGGAUGUUCCUCGUGUUAUGCUUCCUUGCACUGUUUGGAAAGUACAUUUCAACGUGCAUGAUCUUCUCUAGGCUAAGUAAAAUGGUUGAUGCGUUAAAAUAACGCGUUGUUGAUGCAUUUUGAGCAGUGACAAAGAUGAUAAACGCAUAAAUGCGGUGAAGCGUGCUUUCCUGCAACUGCACCAUUAUACAGGUGAAGCCAUCUUUACAAACAAGGAUAGCACGUUGCACGCGCGUUGCGAGCAAAGGCGAAGUUAUUCAUGCAUUCUCCCCAAACCUCAUCAUUAAAAUAACCUCUUAUUUGAUGAAACAUGAAACUACUAAGCAGAAUAGCGCGGUCAGGGGGACACAAUGGGAAUGCACUGCGCCCAAAAAAGUCUCACUCUCAUUAAUUUCGUGGAACACUGAGAAACAACAAGCUUUCGCGUUCUAUCAGGUACAAGGAAAGAGACUAUAUUCUCUUACAAAACAUGUAAAUAAUAAACUUAGAAAGCUCCAGUGUUGCUUUUGAGUGUUCUACAUUUCAUCUCGGAUUUGACUCCCCUUGUACACUCGGCAUCUGCUCUCUAAUAUAUAAAAAAAAAAAAAAAAAUCAUCCGCUAUUGAUGCUGUCCAUAACACAGCGAAAUGUUCGUGGUGAUCAUGAAUAACUAUGAAUAAUACGCCGUAAAUGAGAGUUUGCAGAACCUGUCUAUUACAAAAAGCCAUUGCCAUUCUAAUACUCCCUAUGGUGUCCGGGUACGUCGGUAGCAUUAGAGAGGUGUAGAAAAAGGUUCUCAAGCGCUUUGGGGUCUCAGGGAAGCAGUCGUGGACAUGCGCAGUGAUUACUUUAUUUUUUGGGGGGCCCCGAAAGUGCUUGGGCACUUUACCUUGAAAAUGCCCACUGAUGGUGCUCCCAUACGCAGAUACGUCUUGCUCUGGAAGACCUCAUGAAUUAUACCUCCUAACGUUGAUCGAUCACUUUUGGGUGUGUAUUGAACAUGUCGGAAUCUCUCUACGUGACACUACGACAACAUUGUUGAAGACACGACAAGCGUGUGUGAAUUGUUUUCCUGCUAUUCAUCACCAAGUUUAUUCUUUGUAAUACAACUGCAUACAACCUUGAACCUCCCUACUCCAUCUUAUACUUACCAUGGACGAAACGAAACGUGUUUUUCAUGAGCCUACUCCAAUUUUGUUAAGAACCCGAAGUGAAGUGUGCAUUUAGUAACACUGUUAAAAUAAAGCGUUACUUUACUACA